AUGACAUUUUUACGACAGGGACAAACCUAUACAAUUGAGGUACCAUCUAAACAAAGAAAAUCUCAUGAGUAUCAACCAGUAAACGAUAAUAAUAUAACAAAAAAAUAUUUAACAAAUUCACAAAAAUCAAUGUUUUGUUUAAAAUGGGAAAGUGGAGGUGUUGCAGAACAAUAUUAUCAACGAAGUAGAAGUAAAAGUAAAAGUCAACAUCAUCUAAAUAUAGAGAAACAUAGUCCAUGGAAAGAUUCAAGUACACUUCGUCAUCAUGAACAACAAUCUGGAUUGAAUUCUAAACCAAAGCACAUAGAAAAACCAAAGAAAACUCAUCAAACAUCAUCAGUACCUAUAGCAUAUCGUUACCCUUAUGCUUAUCCACCUAUGUCGGUUGAUGUUCAAAUAGUAUCUGAAAAAUCAGGUAAACGACAAAACACUCAUAGAACAAUAACUAUAGCAAAACCAAGAAUAAAACAAAGUGAUAGAUCAAUUAAUUUAGUACGUGAUACAAAUAAAUUAAAAAUAGAACAUCAUUAUGUUGAUUCACCAGCUGAAGCACAAAGACUUAUUGAGGAUCUUCAACGAAAAGGCUUUGUCGAAACUGGAAUUCAUACACCAGCAAUGUAUUCUGAUAAACAUUGA